CCUUGCGAACGAGACGAGGCUUUUUCAUUCCGCAUCCCCCCCCCCUGAAUGGUAUAAAUAGAGGAAUACCAAUAAUCAUAGCUUUAUUCUUUACACAGCGAUUGUUCUAGCAACUUGUGCAGACCCUAUUCCCAUGAGUACUUUAAGUUUUAUUAUGCUGGUCGGAGCAGCGAUGCUCGUGACUCAUUUCAGAGGAACCAACAGCUUCCCUCUAAACCGCAACGCUGCCAUUUUAAUAGACGUCGAUGAUUCUCACGAAACAUCGACUACAAUGGACCUCCCAGAUAGCAUGGAGUCGACGUUAAACAAGACCUUGGAAGAGGACGAUUCGCUUGAAGACGAUCGUUUAGUAAAAGCGGCUAACGUUAUGGCUAGUGCUAAUAAUCCAGCGGUGGGUGCGGUUGCAGCUGAAACGCAACAAGCUGUUCCGCAGUUAAACGUUCACGAACGAGACGGAUUUUCGUGGGAUGAUUUGGUCAAAGAUUUGGCGAAGGUGGAUGUUCCAGACAAGAGCCAAUCAACAACGCAGGUUGCUCAAGUCACGGUAGAUCACGAUGAUUCUUUAGAAGAUGUGCUGGAAAAACUCGCAGACCAUCUAAACGUCGAAAUCCCAACAUCUACCGAACCCGCAUCUGUCGAAUCAUCAACGCCGGACGAUGACCACUCGUUGGAGGAUGUGAAAAUGAUCCAGCAGACUGUCGUCCAGACGAGUAAAAUCGGUCAAGUCCCGCAGACGACUAGUGUCCGUCUCGUGUUCCAGGACGACGAUCAAAUCGAUGAUUUCUCUUUGGAAGAUUACGCCCAGAUCAUCAAUCCACACGCUGUGCAGCUAACGAAAAUGGAUUUCCAUCAUUUGCCGGCCACUUUGUUUACCCAUCCGACUUCGGACGAUUGGUUCCUCAUGAGACACUACAUGGACGAUGAUUUCGUCUGGGCAUUGGGAGACGAGUUGGCCAAAGAAUAUUUCUGGCAACCUGUUAAAUCCAGUUAUAAUUUGAAUGCAGGCUCACCUGUUACAGUCAGCACAGAUGAGGUUGCGCAAUUAACACCUGUGCGAUCCUUGUGGGAUGAUCGGCUCUAAGAUGGAGAGCGGUGCGAUUUUGUUUAUCUCUUUGCUAUUUCUUGUAGCCAGUUCUCUUACGUAGGGUUGUUGUAGUGUAAAUAAUUAUGCUUCGUUAUGACUGUAUGCUUUUUAUUACAUCUGUCAAUACAGUUGCCUCGUGUUCA